AUGAUCCCCCGACCCCAGAGCUACGCGCCGACGCCGCAUAGCUAUGUUCCCAACACGUCCCUCAAUGCGACCAUCAAUCUCGACGAGGAGGUCAAGCUGACCUCAACGCGCGCCGAGCGCGAUCUGCAAGAAUCCCUUGCCGAGCUAUUCAGCAUCAUUGUUACUUUGGACGAGCUCGAAAAGGCUUUUCUGAAAGACGCGGUUCCCGAGAGCGAGUACACUGAGAUUUGCGAGCGUUCCCUGAGGCAGUACAAGGCGCUGCUGGCGGAUGAGACGAUUGCAAAGGAGUUUCAGGGACUGGAGGAGUUCAAGGCACGAUGGGAGCUCGAAGUGCCUCGCGCGACCGAGCGAUUGCGGGUGGGCAUGCCCUCGACUACGGUGACAGCUGGCUCUUCCGCGCCCAGCCAGCCACAACAACAGUCCUCCUCGUCGAAUAACACAAGCGGUGUUCUCAUCUUGGAAGCGACUCAGGAAUUUAUCACGUUUCUUGACGCCGUCAAGCUGGGUCUCUUGUCGAAAGACCAGCUGCAUCCACUGCUCUCGGAUGUCAUUCAAUCCGUCAACAAAGUCACCGACAAGGACUUUGAUAACCGGGGCAAGAUUGUCCAGUGGCUCAUCACAUUGAACCAGAUGAAAGCUACAGAGGAACUGAGCGAAGGUCAAGCGCGAGAGCUGGAGAUGGAUAUCCAGCAAGCCUACAAUGGCUUCCGGUCCACUCUGACGUGA